GGGAAAGAAAUUCCGUCCGCAGUGGUCCAAGGAGGCCUGACAGUCCACAAUGAGGGUUUAAGUCACAGUCGACCUCCCGGUGCAUCUUCAGAACUGCGACCCGAUGCAGACCUGUCCUGACAAAAAGACCGACAGAAGCAGCUCAUGGUCUAAAGUGUUUGGAAACUUUGAAGAAUGCCAAGCGGUUCCGCAGGACCUGCACGCCGAUCCAGAGCGGUGCCUCGGACUAGAAGCUCUACAGACAGAGCAGCUCACCUUUUGGAUCUCGAAGAAGACACUUUUUCUUCUCCUGCUUUGACUUGAUGAACCCGAGAAGACAAACUCUUGGACUGAACAGAACUUUGUGAGGGAAAUGGUUGGCAUGAUGGUGGAAGAAUGAGGUGGACCUACAAGUGAGUGAUAGUCACACUCAGAACCCUUCAUGGGUCACCUCUGAUCCAUGAAGCAAAACCGCAUCAGAGCAGUCUCAAGUUGCGGGGCCACACACGUCAGAGCCGAACAGUACACCUCCUGGUUCUCAUUUGUCUCUCCCUCGGGCGUCCCACUUCAUCAAGUGGGCCCGAGAUCUCUGUGACGGGCUCCAGCACCAGAACCUCAGUCAGCUUUUUGGACUGAAACCUGACCACAAAGUAGUAAGCUGAAGGAAAAUGUGUCGGGUUCUUGGACGGUUAAGACAAAUAUGUGCAGCAGAACUAAAAACCUCAGAAGUCUUGAAACAUCUCUGAGGUAUUUGUCUUGGACAUCAGAGAGAUCAGUUCUGUUGGAUCUGAAGACGUAAAAGCUGCUAGUGGAUGACAACUGUCUUGUCUCGUGUGACAAGUUCUGUAGAAUUUGGGUUUUGUCCAGAAAACAAGUCCGCCUUGUUUUCACAAAGGACAUUCCAAUUGUCAGUAUUCGAUUUCCUUUUCCCAGAGAGCACGGCCAGCUGGCGAUAGUUUUGGUUCUCCUUCUGGAGGACGUCCAAUGAGUCCAGAUGUCCGCGCAUCAAUCGCCUUUUGUUGUUGGACCUGUUACGGCGCCAGCUGCUUCCAGUUGGAGAUCUUGUACUGUGGAGUGCAAACCAUCAUGGGGGACAUGUUGACCAGGAUUUACUCAAGUUCUUAGACGCUUCUUGACUUUGGACCAACGUCUGAAGACAGUGGGCCUGGUCACAGCCGUCAUGGCCGCCGGGGUUUACUUCCUACGCUGGUUGGGCCUCAGGUUGUGGUCUCGCCGAGGUACGCUGGUCUUCCUUUUGUUCUGGUUCGGGUCUUGGCUGCUCCUCAAUGGCGUAGUUCUGGUCCACAGGAGAGUCUUGUCCGACUUCUGCACGGACGACAGGAGCAAGAAGAUCCUGCAGCGGCUGUGUUCCGACUUCAGCCAAGGCUCGGCGGCGGGCGACAUGUGCACGGACCUGUGCGUCCGCGGCCUGGUGGAGUACAAGCGCUGUCUCUACUACGAGAGCGGCAAGAAGGUGAUGGAGGUCCACUGGAGAGGACAGCCCGUCAUCCUCAAGUCCAAACUGGAUAACUUCUCCUCCUAUGAGCCUAUGGGGGUACUGGACUACCAGCAAGACCCGGCAGAGGACCUGUCGCCUCUUGACGUGGUUCUCUAUGCGACUCUGGAGGUGCGUAACUGGCUGGGUCUGCCAGAGGAAGAAGGUAAUGACGAAGGGGGAGUUGCUAGUUCUUUGUCCAAACUGUGGAACGGGAGGCUCAGGUCCAAAGACAAGGCCUACUCCAGAGCGGAGCUGGCCUCCUUGUGGUCUCUGCUGCAGCAGGAGGAAUAUACCUUUCUCAGAGUCCUGCAGGACCUCAGCACACACGUGGCCAAGGUGUUGGGUUCCUGCGGGCACUUCUACGCCGUGGAGUACCUGUCUGCGGGCCACGCCUGGGACCAGAACAUCUUCUCUCUGGAGGAGGUGGUCGGGUCCGGAAGCCUGGGGGCGUGGAGUGCCCGGCAGAAGGUCCACCGCAUCGCUCUCAGCUUCCUGGACAUGGUGCACCACUUUGACAACGACUUCACGCACAGAGUCCACCUGUGUGACAUCAAACCGGAGAACUUCGCCAUCAGGAAGGACCUGACUGUGGUGGCCAUCGACGUGGACAUGGCCUUCUUCGAGCCCAAGAUGGAGGACAUUCUGGACCAGAACUGCAGCAGCGACGACGACUGCAACUUCUUCGACUGCUCGUCCUCGUGCAACCUGAUGAAAAGACGCUGCAGCCGCCAUCGCUCCAACUCCAACCUGCAGGUGAUUUGUGAGAAGAUCUUCAGGCUGUGGUUCUCUCCCACGCUGCUGGGCGCCAAAGCAGGGCUCCCCCUGCAGGUGGAGCUUCAGCGGGCCGUGCAGGAAUGUUCCGAGUCCAACGGCGUGGGCCGCGGACAAGGCCGGGACGUCCAUCGGCGCCUCCUGGAUAUCCUGACCCGCCUCCUUCAGGAUGGGGGAGGGGCUUCAGGCGAAGGACGGCGCUGAACUCCCGAAGCAGGACGUCGCAUGUUUCUCCAUUCGCCCCAUCAGUGAGGGCGUUGUCAUGGUUACGGCGGAUAAAAACGUUUCACGGUGGUCUCAGGAUGGGAUUGUGCCAUCGCCGUCUGUCAACAUGGCGGCCGAGCGACAAACUUCAAAGGCGUUCAUCAAGCCUGCAAGACGAGCGUCAGGUCGCAGCUUUCUCAAGGGACUUCCUGUUCGGGGAAUGUGUGCCCUUUCACCUCCAAACUCUUUCAUGCUUUUUAAACAAUCGAAAGGGAAAUAAAAUAGGCCCCCUGUGUUUGCAAGUGCGGGGUCAAAGGUCGUGCAGUCCUACCCUGUGCGCAGUCAGGCGAUGAUAACCCUGAAAGAUCAAAGGUCAAAAUAACUCGGUGUCACGUUACAGCCGCCUCGGGCUCUCUUCAACCUGGCCACAAACCCCUCGCUGAUCCCUCACCGCCCAGAAUCACAACGAGGGCCAAGAACCGGUGAGGGUGGGGACAGCUCGUUUCCACUGAGGGCCGCACACUGAAAAAUCAAUGUAAAGGGGGAGCAUUUUGAUAUUAUUCCUUUUCGAAACCAAUACAAUAAUUUUUUUUUUU